UUUCUUCUUUACCCUCAAUUUAGUACGCACGUUCCGAUCAUUUCUAUAUAAUUUCAACCACAUCUGCGAAAAACACAAUUUUACACUCUUUCUAACUGGACUAUAACCGAACCAUCGAAGCACACUUAUCUGAGUGAUGGCAAACAGAUGACAAAGUGCCAUAGCGCAGUCGUGAAUCGACAAUUACGUUGGCGGGAACGAAUGAUGCUGCGUGAAUCGACAGUUGUGUUGGCGGGAACGAAUUAUGAUGCGUGAUUGGACCGUUUCGUUGGCGGGAAAGAAUUUUAUGCGUGAACUGACAGUUGUGUUGGCGGGAACGAAUUAUGAUGGGUAAAUUGACAGUUUCGUUGGCGGGAACGAAUUAUGAUGCGUGAAUGAUUACUUCGUCUUCAGAAACACUUUUAUCUAUGGACGAAGUUUUUCAAAAAAAUACCGUAGAAUCGACGACGAUUAGUAAAUCUCAAAUUUCGGUAAUCGAAAAGAAAAUUAAAAACAAAAAUUCGAAUACAGAUUUUUCUUCUAUAUUAGUGGAAACGGGUUUUGCCGCUGGUGAAAAAGCAGCAAAAGAAGAUAAUUGCGUGAACGAAAUUAAGAAAACGGGGGAAAUUGGAGACUGCAUCACCCAAGAAAAGGCGAUCGAUAAAAACAAAGACAAAAAAAAUGCAGGUUUGAAUUUAGAUGAUUAUAAGAUAAAAUCGGAUCAUUUUAUGUCUACGAGAAUCGAUUGUGAACAAUCCACAACGAAAAUCGAUGUAAAAUCAUCGAUACGAAAAAUAUUACCGGGGAAGAAAAAAAGUUUGAAGACAACAGUAUCCAAAAAAGAAUUUAUUGAUUCCGAUGAUGAUAAAAUCGACGAAACAUACGACAAAAACGAUAAUUUAGAAGCGCAAGUUAAUAAAAUAAUAAGUCGGGUCGAAGAUAUUUACAGUCAAUUAGACGAAAUUCAAGUAACGACUAAGGAAAAUUCAACGAUACCGAUAUUUCGAGAAUAUUCUUCGAUCGAACAAAAAAUACCGAGUCAAGAAUUUCUACCGCCGUUUUUGGACGCGGUGAAACGAUCGAAAAAAAUAACGAAAUCGUCGAAUGAAUUAGUAAAAAGCGCCUCCUAUUACAACAUAUUGAAAUUUUUAGACUCCCUCACCGACAUACACACCGACACCGCCAUCGAAAUCCACAAAACGACCGAGAUAUGUUACGCCAGCAGCGUACCGACGACCGUCCAUUUCAUUUCGAUGGAUCACCGCGCCACCCUCGGCGACGACGUCAAAGAAUUAACCGAAAAACCGAGCUGCCUCAAAAAACACUCCGGCGACGUUUGCAAAUGCGCCAAACCAAAGCGAGUUUCGUUCUCGAUGAAAAAUCAACCGGAAAUUACCGAAUUAGAUCGAGGUGAUAACCCGAAUAAAUCGAAUAACAUCGUCGUUAUUUGCGAUAAAAGACAAACGAUCGACGUCAGCACCGAUACGAAUCGAAACAACGAAUCGAUUAAUAUCGAUAAUUCGAUUGAAUUAACCGAAUCGACGUCCGAUGUAUCGCUGGCGACGGCGCAAUCGACGCCGAAAAUAAAAGUAUUUUACGACGAAAAAGAAGAGGAAAUUUUAUCGGAAGGUUUUUAUAACGAUAAAUCGAUUAUUCGUCGGAACGAAAAUCGAAACGACAAACCCAAAGUUGUCAUUUUCAGGGAAAUCGAUUUGUCGAAAUUGAUAAGGCGACCGAAGUAUCUGCAAAAAUUCACCAACACAUCGGAUAUUAUAUCGGCGAAUCGAUUUUUAUUAACGAAACAUUCCGUCGAUGAAAAUAACGUUUUUUUAUUAAAUUCCUUUUACGCUAUCGUCUAUCUCCUGAUGUUCGCCGCUUUCAAUAUGGAAUAUAAUUGUUUUUGAGAAAAAAAAAUAAAUAAAAACAUUCGUCGAUCAAUUGGUAUUAUCGAUAUGGAGCAAUCGCCCCCUCGUACGCGCCGCAUUUCGAUUGACAGUAGUAGUAAAACCUCGCCCUAUAUAUAACGGACCCCGUAU